AUGUGCUUUCACUUUGAGGUAGCGCAAACGGAUCAAACAGAACCGUUGGAUUUAUCAAUAUCAAAAGGGAAAGAGAAGGGGGAUGGAUUACAAGGCUUAUCAAUGGAAAGAAUGGGUGAAGAAGAGAUUGGAUUGCAAGUGUUUCAAACAAAGCCCUUGGAUUUAUCGGCUUCAAAAGUGAAAGAGGAAGGAAAUAAGUUAGAAGGUUUAUCGGUGGAGGGAGUGGAUGAUGAACGAAUUAAACCGCGGCGGCAGCUUGUUCCAAUCGAAACAGUAGUGGAAGUAAUGGAACUAUCAAAGAAAGAAAGAAGGGCGGAAAGGAAACAGCAUUGCAAUAUAUGUCAAAAGGAAGUAACACAUAUGAAAGAACAUAUGAUGACUCAUACCGGUGAGAAGCCGUACAGUUGUUCAAUAUGUAAAAAGAAUUUCACUAGUUCCAGUAAUAUGAAUAAACACAUGUUGAUUCAUACCGGUGAAAAGCCGUACAGUUGUUCAAUAUGCAAAAAGAAUUUCACUCAGUUCGGGGAUGUGAAAAAACAUAUGAUGAUUCAUACCGGUGAGAAGCCGUACAGUUGUUCAAUAUGCAAAAAGAAUUUCACUCAGUUCGGGGAUGUGAAAAGACAUAUGAUGAUUCAUACCGGUGAAAAACCGUACAGUUGUCCAAUAUGCGGGAAAAGUUCCACUGAUCCCAGUAAUAUGAAAAGGCACAUCAUGACUCAUACCGGUGAGAUGCCGUACAGUUGUCCAAUAUGCAAAAAGAAUUUCACUCAGUUCGGGGAUGUGAAAAGACAUAUGAUGAUUCAUACCGGUGAAAAACCGUACAGUUGUCCGAUAUGCAGGAAAAGUUUUAUACAAAAACACAUUUUGCAGUCUCACAUGGUAGCGCAAACGGAUCAAACUGAACCGUUGGAUUUAUCAAUAUCAAAAGCGAAAGAGAAGAGGGAUGGUUUACAAGGCUUAUCAAUGGAAAGAGAGAAUGAAGAAGAGAUUGGAUUGCAAGUGUUUCAAACAAAGCCCUUGGAUUUAUCGGCUUCAAAAGCGAAAAAGGAAGGAAAUAGGUCACAAAGUUUAUCAAUGGAGGAAGUAGCCCUGUCAAACUCUCCUACAAAUUUCAUUCAAAUUGGCAAGAAGUUAUUCAUUGACAUGCAUUUCAUCUAUUUUUUUUUCUUCUUCCAACUGAGCAAUAUUCAAACCAUCGUAGCGCAAACGGAUCAAACAGAACCAUUGGAUUUAUCAAUAUCAAAAGUGAAAGAGAAAGGCAAUGCAUUACAAGGCUUAUCAAUGGAAAGAAUGGGUGAAGAAGAAAUUGGACUGCAAUUGCUUCAAACAAAACCUUUGGAUUUAUUGGCUUCAAAAGUGAAAGAGGAAGGAAAUAAGCCACAAGGCUUAUCAGUGGAGGGAGUGGCUAAUGAACGAAUUAAACCGCAGCAACAGCUUGUUACAAUGGAAACAGUGGAGGUAAUGGAACUAUCAAAGAAAGAAAGAAGGGCGGGAAGGAAGCAGCAUUGCAAUAUAUGUCAAAAGGAAGUAACACAUAUGAAAGGACAUAUGAUGACUCAUACCGGUGAGAAGCCGUACAGUUGUUCAAUAUGCAAAAAGAAUUUCACUCAGUUCGUGGAUAUGAAAAGACAUAUGAUGAUUCAUACCGGUGAAAAGCCGUACAGUUGUCCGAUAUGCAGGAAAAGUUUCACUGAACCCGGUAAUAUGAAAAAACAUAUGAUGAUUCAUACCGAUGAGAAGCCGUACAGUUGUCCGACAUGCAAAAAGAAUUUCACUAUCUCCAUUAAUCUGAAAAAACAUAUGAUGACUCAUACUGGUGAGAAGCCGUACAGUUGUCCAAUAUGCGGGAAAAGUUUCACUGAUCCCAGUAAUAUGAAAAGGCACAUCAUGACUCAUACCGGUGAGAUGCCGUACAGUUGUCCAAUAUGCAAAAAGAAUUUUACUCAGUUCAGUAAUAUUAAAAAACAUGUGAUGAUUCAUACCGGUGAGAAACCGUACAGUUGUUCAAUAUGCAAAAAGAGUUUCACUCAGUUCGGGGAUAUGAAAAAACAUAUGAUGAUUCAUACCGGUGAAAAGCCGUACAGUUGUCCGAUAUGCGGAAAAAGUUACACUCGAAGAUACACUUUGCAGUCUCACAUGGUAACUCAUGACAUGAAUAGACCUGUUUACCACUGUACUGUAUGCAGUAAAGAUUUUCAGACUAAAACCAGUUUGAAAUUUCACAUGCGGAAUCAUUAA